CAGGUUUGUUUUCGUACAUCCCAGACGGACGUUCUCCUUGUCGGUGAGCCCAGUGUGGACUGUGCCGCAGGACGACGACAACAACAACAACGCCGACGGACCGACCGACGCCUCCUCCCCUCUCCGCCUCCAACCCGCGCUCUGCCCCCCUCCCUCUCUUCACCCCCCCCCCCCCCCCUCCCCUCCCUCCCUCGCUCCGCGGCCCGGCCCGGGCGCAGAGCUCGCGACCAACGGUCGAAACCGCCCCCCGCGCGAGCGAGCGAGGGAGGGAGGGAGGGAGGGAGGGAGGCACGUGCCGGGUGCGACUGACGAAAGGCGGGGAAGGAGGGAGGGGGAGGGGGGGGAUUGACUCGAGCUCGAGCUCGGGCCGCCGCCGGCGCCUUUGACUGGGCAGGGGGAGGAGGGGACAGCAGCAGCAGCAGCAGCAGGAGGAAGGAGAAAGAAGAAGGGCAGAGCGGCCGUCGCGCGGGAAGGCGGAGGCGAAGGCUCGAGCGAGCGAGGGACGGCGGAGACGACGACGCCGACGACGAUGGCGGAGGUGAAGGGCGUCGCGCAGACCGGGAUCUCUCCAAUAAUCAUGGAUACCACCAGGAAGGUACCGGUAAUCCGCAAAUCCCUCAAACCAGCAAGACCAUUGCAUCGUUUAUCUGCUGAGAUAGAUUCGACAAUAUGUGAUUACCUUCCACCGCUUUUACAUCAAAAUGAAGUUUCAUGGAAUGAAGAGAACUGGACUAUUUCAAGUGGAUAUGCACAACGGGAAAACAAGUGGAGUAAUAUUCCAUCAUUUAGAAGCAAACAUGAUCUUAAAGGACAAGAACGACCAAUUGAAAGACGCCAUUCUGGUCAGGGAGAUGGCACAAAGAAGGAUGCAGAGAGGAUAACGUACAGCAGAGAAUUUUUGAUGAAAAUUGCCAGCCUGCCAAUUUCAAAAGAGAAACCAGAAUUUUUGCCAUCUCUUCCUGUGGUAUUAGAGAGGCCAAGGGGUCGAGAAGCAGAGGCCACAGAUUUAAGGUGAUUGACCAAAGAACCCAGGCGACCUGAAAAUCCUUUUUACACAAGAGAGAGGUUGUAUGGAAGUGGACGGGGUUUAUGUUUUGCUUACCAAAGGAUGGCUACGAAUCAUCAUGGAAUUGCUGGCUGAAUGACUGUUGUAAAUCAAGUCCUGAACUCGCUUGGAAGGUGCUUAUAUUCUGUUUAAUAUUUCUAAACAUAUCUACUGGACUUUUGGAUCUUUAUGGGAAGAACUCAUCCAACUUUACUCAACAGCUGGAAGAUUUUUUUCAGUGAUGAGCUUCAUGAUUAAUUUCUUUUGAUUCUAAUUAAUCAAGAUGGUGAAGUACCACAUUUGUAAAACAGCACUUUUGGUAGAGUUUGUGCACUUGAAAUAAAUUGAAAAUGGGUUAACAAAGAUUUUUUUUAAUGUAGCAAAUGAACUGUAUAGAAAGGACAAUACUAUAAUUCUAAUACUCUCUUUUGAAGAAUAUUUAUUAUACUUGCCCAUUUCACAUUUUGGAAAUAUCAAGAUA